CACAUAAUUUAAGAAAGUGUCAUUAAAAUGAAUCAAUGCUAAAUAAUGGAUAACGCCAACGUACGCAGUUUCUUCCGUGUUCUAGCUAAGCUUCUUUCAUUCAAGAGAGUUCUUUCAUGUUGUAGAGAACCUUUAAACAAUGUAUUAAAACACCGCGCACACCAAGUGUUUGUGAAAAUAGUUGUAAUGGCUGAUGACCAGCUCCAUAUAUUUUUCUUUCCAAUGAUGGCGCACGGCCACAUAAUUCCUACUUUGGACAUGGCUAAGCUGUUCGUUUCGCGUGGUGCAAAGGCAACUAUUAUCACCACUCCUCUGAACUUACCCAUCUUCAUCCAGUCGAUUGAAAAAAUCAAACAUUUGGGGCUAGAAAUUUAUGUCAAAGCCAUCAGAUUCCCAGCAGUGGAAGCUGGUUUGCCUGAAGGAUGUGAAAGAAUGGAUCAAUUGAAUUCUUAUGAUUUGGUCCCCAAAUUCUUCAAGGCCACCACCAUGCUUCAAGAACAACUAGAGCUACUACUCCAUGAAUGUCAACCCAACGCUCUCGUUGCUGACAUGUUCUUCCCCUGGGCUACAGAAUCUGCUGCCAAAUUUCAUAUCCCAAGAUUGGUAUUUCAUGGGAUGGGCUUCUUUGCGCUUUGUGCUUCGGAGAACCUUAGGCACUACAAGCCUCAGAAGAAUGUGUGUUCAGAUACUGAACCUUUCGUUCUCCCGAAUCUUCCUCACAAGGUAAAGCUCACAAGGAUGAAAUUAGCUCCGUAUGAUCGAGAAGAAACAGAAAUGACUAAGUUUAUUGAACAAGUGAAGGAAUCCGAGUCAACAAGUUUUGGGGUCAUUGUUAAUAGCUUCUAUGAGCUUGAACCAGAUUAUGCUGAUUAUUACAGAAAGGUUUUGGGUAAAAGAGCAUGGCACAUUGGACCCAUUUUGCUCUGCAACAGAAAAAACGAAGAAAAAUUCCAUAAAAGCGUCGACCACAAACAACAUGAGUGCUUGCAAUGGCUGGACACGAAGAAACAAAAUUCAGUAAUCUAUGUUUGUUUCGGGAGCAUGUCUAACUUUACUGAUUCCCAAAUUGAAGAAAUUGCAUUAGGCCUUGAAGCUUCAGAGCAAGAAUUCAUAUGGGUAGUUAGGAAAGGCAAGAUUCCAGAAGGAUUCGAAGAACGAACAAAAGAAAAAGGAUUAAUCAUAAGAGGGUGGGCACCCCAAGUGCUGAUUCUUGAUCACAAGGCUAUAGGAGCUUUUGUGACUCACUGUGGAUGGAAUUCAACGCUUGAAAGCGUAUCAGCAGGGGUUCCAUUGGUGACUUGGCCUAUGUUUGCAGAGCAAUUCUUCAAUGAGCAAUUGAUAACUAAAGUACUAAAAAUUGGAGUAGCAGUUGGGGCAGAGGAAUGGAGCAUAGUGGUGGAUAAUGUGAAAAGUGAAGCAAUUACAAAGGCAGUGAAGCGUGUAAUGGUUGGGGAAGAAUCAAAGGAAAUGAGGAGGAGAGCAAAAGAAGUCAAGAAAAUGGCGAACAAGGCUGUUGAAGAAGGUGGAUCAUCUUACAGUGAUUUGAAUGCACUGUUUCAAGAACUAAGAACCAUUAAUUUGCACAUGUAAAAUGGUUUUAUGAAUGGUUUAAUUUGCAUAUUUGGUUUGUGUUCGAAGAUAUCGAAUGAGCUUUUGGUAUCAAAACCAUGUAAUACCGAAAAUUUGUUAUAUGUGGUGCGAGGUCAAUUGAGCGAACUAACUUUGAACCACA